AUGGCCCCCGUCGGUCCUCGAGUCUCCAAAGAAGAGUUCAUGCACGCCCUGAACCUGAGCCCUCAAGAUCCACAACAUGAACAAUAUUAUCGUGCCAUGCGAGACGAAGCCAUCAUCGUCUACAACCGCCUCAACCAAGAUACAUCCCAUCUCCUCGACACGGUCCGCGCUGACCCAACCACCCGCCCCCCGUUCUUCUGGCACCACAUCCGACCCGAUCACCAGCGAUGGGCGAUUAUGGAAAUCUGGCGCAACUCGGGCCCACUGACUCGUCCGCUGUUUGAUCGCGGGGGCACCAACGGCGAGUAUGGACCGAAUUGGGUGGCCGGGUGGUUGUUGUAUAGUGUUUUUCGAUCGAGGGAUGUGCGGAAUAAUCGGAAUCGGCGCAAGGGGAUGGAAAAUAGUGCCGGUGGUGCUCAUGGGGGAAUGGUUGAGUCUGUUUCAGAGAAAAAAAUGAGACAGGUGGAAGAGGCUGCGUCGUCGAAGAAAGGGUACUAUGAUCCGGUGCGGAAUGGGACUCUCUAG